AUGUCUUUUCCACAACAUUUCACUCUUUUAACCUCGUCAAUUCUUGAAGAGACAAUAAGUCUUAUUCAAUGCGACCUCGGUUACUACUACAUUGAGUGCCAUGACAAAAAGUCCAUUUUACGGACUCCUGACGUGGACGACGCUUUGGGGAUUAGCAAUGGAAGAAGAUCGCCUCCAAAAAGCUUUAUUCUCUUUAGAAAAAGCUUUCAAAGCAGUAUUUCAGAAAUGUGCCUCAAAAUCGAAAGGGCACAAAUUUCUAAACAUGCUACAAAUAUGUGGGGAUAUAUCAAAGAAUCCCAGCCACACUUGUGGCAUUACUUUAAGAAUGUAUCUGAGGAAGCUACGGAUCGAUAUAAUACCGCCAAUCUUAAAAUAUUCAUGUUCGAUAUGAAUUCGUAUCGAUCAUCAGAAAAUAAAUCUCGUUUAAAUCCUCAUAAUUCACACGAAUAUUCG